GCAACUCUGAAGGCACUGCUAGAAUACUCAUCGGAGUACUCUAUGGCACUCUCAUCUGCACUCUAUGGUCGAAGCUCGCCUGGUAUGUUGCGCGUGCGCGACGUGCGCUCUCUUGCCUUGCUUCAGGGGCGACGCUUUCGCGUUCCCGCCGCUCCUGCCGGCUUUGCUAAUAAUGGCGACCGUGUCUGGUGCUGGUGGCGGCGUCAACAGAGUCAAGGCCUUAGAGCUGCUUCGUACCUUACCCAGGGUCAGCCUCGUCAACCUGCGGCCUAAUGAUGGCGCUAGGAAACGGGAAAAGAGACGUGGACGUGGGCAACACGGAGGCAGAAAAAGUGGCAGAGGUCACAAAGGAGAAAGACAAAGAGGAACCCGGCCUCGGUUAGGCUUUGAAGGAGGUCAGACUCCAUUUUAUCUGGCUAUUCCAAAAUACGGCUACAAUGAGGGACAUAGCCUCAGGCGUCAAUACCAUCCCCUCAGCCUCAGAAAACUGCAGUACCUGAUUGACCUUGGCAGAGUUGAUCCCACACAACCAUUAGAUUUGACCCAGCUUGUUAAUUGCAGAGGUGUAACAAUACAGCCACUCAAAAGACAUUAUGGUGUACAGCUGAUAGAAGAGGGUGCUGAUAACUUUGCAGCAAAAAUAAAUAUUGAAGUACAGAUGGCUUCUGAGCUAGCCAUUGCCGCAGUUGAAAAAAAUGGUGGUGUUAUUACUACAGCCUUCUAUGAUCCAAGAAGUUUGGAUGUUCUUUGCAAGCCAGUGCCAUUUUUUCUGCGAGGUCAGCCUAUUCCAAAGCGUAUGCUUCCUCCUGAAGAUCUUGUCCGUUACUAUACAGAUCCAAUGAAUCGUGGGUACUUGGCAGAUCCAUCAAAGAUUCCUGAAGCCAGGCUGGAACUUUCCAAGAAAUACGGUUAUGUCCUACCAGAUAUUACAAAAGAUGAACUCUUCCAAAUGCUGAGCACACGCAAGGACCCUAGACAGAUUUUCUUUGGCCUUGCUCCAGGCUGGGUAGUAAAUUUGUCAGAAAAGAAAAUUCUGAAACCAACAGAUGAGAAGUUGCUGAAAUACUACAGCUCAUGAAUAUAGUAUUGGAAAAGAGAGAAAAUGCUAGGUCUUACAGGGAUUCUGAGUAUUAAAUAACUAGAAGUUGUAUCUCUGGUUUCUAAUUAGUCAAUAUGAAUAAAAUGAUACAACAGCAGA